UCCUACACCAGGAUGUGGGUCCAGGCCCAUGGAGCCUUGGAGGACCUCCUGGUGGAUGAGUUCCCUCCCACUGCCCCUCGGCCGCUGAAGGACCGGCUGCAGGUCUUCCAGGGCCUGGCCACCUUCUACCUGAAGUACCUGCAGAUCUUCCGCGGCCUGGAGGCAGUCUACGACCAGAUAGUUCACCCCCAGAAGAGGCGCAUGGUCAGGCACGUGUUGGACGGCGUGAUGGGUAGACUCCUGGAGCUCAAGAACGAGAUGGUGGAGCUGGAGUUCUCAGAGUUCCACUACUUUGAUGAUGUGCUGCAGGACCUCAAGCUGACACCUGUGAGUCAGUGGUACUGUACCUGGGACUGAGUGAUAGGACGUGAAGGGGGAGUGAGGAAAAUGAGUUGUGGUCCUCAAAAGGUUCAACAACAAUUCAGUUUCUGUAUCCUGAUAGUAAUUUUCAAAGUAUUUGGAACAUGUCUCACCCCUUUAACUCAGAGAUUCUACCUAUUGAAUCACACACAACGACAGAGAAAGAUUUAUGCAAUAUGAUAUUUUGUAGGAGAACCUGGAGGUGCCCAUCCCUCAGUAUUUUGUGAGAGAGAAGAUGCGUGUGCUGCGGGACAGAGAGAAGAUGCUGGCGCAUGUCAUGGCUAAAGGGGGACACAUUGAACAGGUUGAGCAGGUUAGAGAAACACACACUAGUUACAAUCAGACUCCCUUAUGUAAGCAAAUAUUACUACAAUUGUUUCCAUGCAAUUCAUUAAAUAAAUACCAGGUUACCUCAGCCUAA